AUGCCUCACAAGUUCUACCAUGGCCGAACCGGCCGCGUCUGUAACGUCACCAAGCGCGCUAUUGAUGUUGAAGUCAACAAGCAGGCAUCAAGCACCUCUGCAAUCAUUAGGAAGAGAAUACACGUUCGUGUGGAGCAUGUCCAGCCCUCGAGGCCCCACGGGGAGUUUCUGCAGAGGAUAAAAAAGAAUGACCAGUUGAAGUCGGAAGCCAAGUCAAUGGGCAAAAUCAUCAGCACCAAGAGGCAACCAGAAGAUCCCAAGCCAGGAUUUAUGGUGGAAGGUGCCACCAUUGAAACUGUAACAACCAUUCCCUAUGAUGUGGUCAACGACCUCAAGGGCGGUUAUUAA